AUGCUCCAGAGCGGCAUUAUACGCCCUAGUAGUAGUCCCUUUUCUUCACCAGUCCUCUUGGUCAAGAAAAAAGACAAUACUUGGCGUUUCUGCAUCGACUAUAGAGCCUUAAACGAGGUGACCGUCAAGGAUCGACACCCGAUACCGGUCAUAGAUGAGUUGUUGGAUGAGUUGGCCGGCACCACUAUCUUUUCAAAAAUUGAUCUUAGAGCCGGCUAUCAUCAGAUCAGAAUGCAUGAUGAAGACAUACUGAAGACAGCUUUCCGGACGCACGACGGGCAUUAUGAGUUUCUAGUAAUGCCCUUCGGUCUUAGUAAUGCACCGGCUACUUUUCAGCGGUGUAUGAACGAUGUGUUUCGAGAAUACCUUAGAGACUUCAUCCUUGUUUUCUUCGACGACAUCCUCAUCUACAGCAAGAGUGAGGAAGAGCACGAGCAACAUCUGAGGAUCACAUUGAGAAUCUUGAAGGAGCACAACCUUUUUGCGAAUAUGUCCAAGUGUAGUUUUGGACAAUCUUCGAUUGGAUAUUUAGGACACAUCGUGUCCAGAGAAGGGAUGCUCAAGAAAGGGGCUUUCCAGUGGAAUGAGAAGUCUAAGGUCGCCUUCGAGAAGCUGAAGGCAGCCCUCAUGUCAGCCCCCGUCCUUACACUUCCAGACUUCACGAAGACGUUUACCAUUGAAACAGAUGCUUGCGAAGUGGGUGUUGGAGCAGUGUUAGGACAAGAGGGACAUCCCAUCGCGUAUAUGUCCAAAGCAUUAACAAGCAGAGCAAAACCUCUCUCCACAUAUGAAAAAGAACUGCUUGCUAUAGUGAUCGCGGUGGAAAAAUGGCGUCCGUACUUGAUAGGACGCAGGUUUAUUGUCAGGACUGAUCAAAACAGUCUCAAGUACAUGCUUAAGCAGCGUGUGUCUACCCCUACCCAGCAGAGAUGGCUUGCCAAACUCUUGGGGUACGACUUCGAGAUUGAAUAUAAAAAGGGGCCUGACAAUAAGGCGGCAGACUCUCUUUCCCACCUGACUGAACAACUGAUGACACUUUCGGUAGUGGAAACCGACAUCUGGACCAGAUUAGCCCAGGAUCAGCAAAAUGAUCAAUCCAUACGUACCGCCCACCACCCACAGACUGAUGGGCAAAGUGAGAUCGUCAACCGGUCCUUAGAGACUUACCUACGGUGCUUCGCGGGUGAACGACCUAUGACUUGGGUCAAAUAUCUGCCUUGGGCAGAAUGGUCUUACAACAUGAGUCAUCACUCGUCUACAGGCAUGACGCCUUACGAGGGAGUCUACGGUGUUCCUCCUCCAUCGAUUCCAAGAUAUGAGGGAGGUACAGCUGAAGAUGACAAUGUUGAUUGUGAGCUGCGUACGAGGGAAGAAGUUUUAGAAUCUCUAAGACAGAACAUCCUCAAAGCACAGAACCGCAUGAAGCAGGUAUACGACAAGGGAAGGCAGGAUCGGGAAUUCACGGUGGGGGACUAUGUCUGGCUUAAGAGGCUGCCUCUUAAGCAGAGAUCCCUAAUGGGCCAGCCAUACUCCAAGCUAUUGUCUCGAUACUAUGGCCCAUAUCCGGUAAUCCAAAAAGUGUGGAAGGCCGCGUAUAGGCUUGGUCUCCCUAGAACAGCUCAGGUGCAUCCAGUCUUCCACGUCACACGACUGAAGCCUCAUGUGGGGGAUGUACCUACGCUAAUUGAGCAAGUGCCGGAUAGCUUACCAACCCCUUAUCGCAUUUUGAAACAUACAUAUAUGCAACGACAAGGGAGGAUGAGGCAUGAAGUUCUUGUGGAGUGGGAGGGACCCGACAGGGACCCAGCAGGGGCCGAGCUGGCCGAACCUAGCCAGAGGAAGCGCAAGGCUUCCGACCUAGGGGCUCGGUCUUUGCAAUGCAUCAAGAGUAGUCCCAAGAAGAAGAUUGAAGCAUCAGAUACGGUUGCAGCGGGAGGAGCAACUGGGUCUUCAACGGUGCUUGAAUUACAGGAGUCUCAGGGUGACUGUGGUCCAGAAAUCAGGUUCGUAGAGACUAAACCCAUCGAGCCUAGUCCGCACGUGCCUUGA